CUGCAAAAUGUGGCCGAUGCAGUCUAGUUCGUUCAAAGUCUCUCUGUCACUCAUUGAGAUUUACUGAUUAUUGCGCUGGCCGGCGUCUAGCGUGCCAACUAAUACUGAUAAAUGACAGUUCUGAGCUUUUUAAUAUGUACUUGUGAACUCUUAUUCGUGCUACUGAUAUGCUUCUUCGUUGUGCUGCCAUUGAUGGUCAUUCUAUUUCCUGGAAUCGUAACCAAGUUAUUUUUCCUAAAUUUCAGAAGAAUACCCAUGACCGACUAUUCUGAUGUUUCCGCUAAUAAUGUCAACUCUCUCGGAAGAGCUUUUUAUCUCAGAGGCGACGAAGGCAACGUGGGUGUAUGGCAUAUGCUGCCAAAAUCAUUAUCUUACAAAUAUCGUGAGAAAGGAAUCCAUCCACAAGAUGAAGACAUCGAAGAAUCCCUAUCUGAUGAGAAACAUCCUGUUAUAGUAUAUCUGCAUGGAAAUUCUUUUGAUAGGACUAUCGGACAUCGAGUUGAGUUAUACAAUGUUUUAAACAAACUUGACUACCAUGUGGUAGCAUUCGAUUAUCGAGGAUAUGGCGACUCAGACGGCGAUCCAUCGGAGAAAGGAUUAGUCAAUGAUAGUCUUCUCAUAUACGAGUAUGUAAGACAACACAGCGGUAAUAAUACGGUCAUAAUAUGGGGCCACUCCAUGGGAACUGGCGUUGCCGUUCACCUAGUGAAAAAUCUCUGUGUGGACGGUAAUCCUCCUGAAGGUCUUGUCCUUGAGUCGCCAUUCAACAAUCUUGGAGACGCCAUAAUGGGGCACGUACUGGGCAUUCCUUUACGUUGGAUGUCUGAUGAAUUGCUGCGUAAGUGUAUAUUGGAACCUCUAAGAAGAACAGGGCUUGAUAUGAUCUCAGAUAAGCGAAUUCCAAAUAUAACAUGUCCUAUACUUAUGUUACAUGCUGAAAAUGACCACGUGAUUCCAGUCACUUUAGCAAGGAAGCUCAGGGAUGCCGCAGUGGCUUCGCAGCGCGAUAUCAAAUAUGUUGAGUUUGAAACGUCGAAGAACUACAAGCAUAAAUUCAUUUAUAUGGCGCCUGAACUCUCCACUCUUGUUCCGGAAUUCGUUGCCCACGUGAAGCAGGCGAAGAAGAAGAUUUCUUAAAAUCUAUAUAAUCUGCAUCUCACAUCUCUCACGGUUGUAAUAACAUGAAUAAGGUGUCUCACUUAUAGGCACCGAUUUCUGUGAUUCCAAGCUCUUUAAUAGAUGGAGCUUUCCUGGUGAAGCUAAACUUCGUACCGGUCUGUUUGUACUACUGUAUUGCAUAGCUUUUGUUUGGCCGGGCGCUUACUGCAUUUCUAGCCAGUCUACUCUGUCCUCCGGUACCUCUUCUCUUUUCUAGUCGUUGCACUUGCUUCAAGUUUUCCAAAGCUUGAUGAUACUGAUGCCAAUGUCUGUGAUGAUUCAUAUAUGCUGUGCUCGCUGAAAUACAUCUCUGUUUAU